GUCUCUCUCUGGCCACUCAACCGAGCCUGCCCAGCAACCGCUUUCUUCUCACACUCGACAGCUUUUGCCUCUUGCUUCUGACUCUCAUCUCCUCCUCAGCGAUGGCCUACAACUACUACCAGUCGCAAAUGCCGGGUUGGGGGACUUCGCAGUUCCAGUUCGGUGCUCCGCCUCAGCCAGUUUUCCAGCCUCAGCCGUCAUGGCGGGGAUCCGACUUCUAUAACGCACACGCCCUCAAUCCCGACCCCUCCCUCUACGAGUCGAUCAUGGUACGAUUGAGGGAUAUCCUGGGCAUGGGUGUCGGCCACCACGAAGCGCGGCAUUGGCAUCGCCGUAUCUAUAGCGGGAUGGUCCAGCUCCAGCAGCUCCUCCCCGCGGAUAUCGGCGCGGCCGCCGCAUAUGAAGCAUACCGCACCUGGAAACACAACUCCUUCCUGUAUGAGCCCCUCAGCGCGGAUCGGGAACUGCAGCGGGAAGGCUUGAUUGGAAUGGCGAUUGCUGAGACGCAACGCCUUUGGCAAUACUCUGGAAGGCCUCAGGAUACGUACGGCUUGAGGGCUGCUUGUGAGGCAUCCGCUUCUGCCGCGAACGUUCUUGCAGACAGGCUUUUCGGCUGGACUAGUGGUGGAGGCGGCGGCGGAGGUGUCGGAUACGGCUCCUCCUACAGCGGUUCCAACACUGGUGACGCGUAUGCAUACGACGAGGGAUACUCCGGCCGGCGUGGUCGCAGUCGCCACAAUUCCUUCAACGCCCCCGCCGUAGUCCGUGUCGGGGCCCCCGGCUAUGGCGACCCGCUCGGCUCUCCCUACGGCGCUGGCGGUUCCCCAAUGCCCAUCCCUGGUGCCAUCCCUGGCGCCGCGGCACCCUACGGCGCAGGAAUGCCAGGCUCUUACGGCGCUGCGCCAGGCAUCCCAGGGUCCUAUGGCGCAGCCCCAGGCUACGGAGGGACUUAUGGAUACCGCAGCGCGUCGCCCAAUCCCUACGGCGGAGCUUCGCCUAACCCCUACGGCGUGCAGGCGCCCUACGGAGCCGGUGCGUACCCGCAGGCCACGCCAGGAUACCCCGCUCCGGGAUACGGUGCAGGCCAAUACGGUGCCGGACAAUACCCCGGGCAGUAUGGCGCGCAACAGUACGGUGCGGGCGGGGGUAUCGUCCUCCCCGAUGGACAGGUGGCCCCCGCGGGCUCGACGGUGAUCAUCUCGAAGCACCGGUCGCGCAGGGACUCCAGUGCCUCCAGCGGGCACCACCACCGGCACCAUCGUCAUCGGUCGUCGAGCCGCAGCCGGUACGACGACUACGACCGCGACCGGUACGGGCAGAGCUACAGGUACUGAUCGGCGCAGGACGCGAUCAGGUGUGCGGGCCUUUCGUCGUUCCGAUGCGUGCAGGUUCUUUGGAAGUUUGGAUGCGGAGGAUGCCCGAUGGAACGUUGCAAAUCUGAGACUGGAAGACGGGUGCGGAUGAGACUCGAGUGUACGAGGGGGACGGCCCGCGCGUGUGGCAGUGGGAGAAUGUUGUCCAUCUAUGGUACGUGUUGUUGUUCUUGAAUAGGUGCGCACACCGCACCCAUGUACGUUUUGAUCGUGUGUCUCGUAUCCGUUCCGGCCCAUCGUGCUGUGUACGUCUAAGUAGGUAUUGUAGGAUGUGCCUGGCGGGCAGUAAUGGAUAACUGUUAACUUAUGCGAAA